GUGUGAAAAAUAAAAAUUUUGGUGGAAAUGAAAUACUACAUGUUGCAGAAGCUGUAGCAAGAGAUAAAGGAAUAUCAAAAGAAUCUAUAAUUGAAGCUCUUGAAGAAGCAAUGGCGAUAGCAGCUAAAAGAAAAUAUGGUGCCAAUAUUAAGGUUAAGGCUCAUAUUAAUAGAAAUUUGGGUAACAUUGAACUUUAUAGAGAAGUGCUAGUUGUUAAAGAUGGUUUUAUUUCUGAUAAUACUAGAGAUGAAAAUAACGAAGAAGUUAAAACUAUUGAGAUUUCUAAAGCACAAGAAACUGAUCCAGAUAUUAAUGAAGGAGAUGUAAUUAAACAAAUUUUACCACCACUAGAAAUUGGAAGAUUAAAUGCUAUAUCUGCAAAACAAAUUAUAAUUAAUAAAGUUAAGGAGCUUGAAAAAGAUAAAGUUUUUGAAGAAUAUAAAAAUAGAGUAGGUGAAGUAUUAAAUGGUGUUGUAGAAAAGAUUGAAACAGGUGGAUAUAUUGUUAAGCUUGGAAGUGCUGAAGCAAUAUUAAAGAAAGAUCAAACUUUAAAAACAGAUUUUUAUAAGCUAGGAGAUAGAAUAAGAGCUUGUUUAGCUAAGUUAGACAAAGAAUCUAAUGGACCUAUAUUAAUUUUAUCUAGAACCCAUAAAGAUUUUGUAAUUCAAUUAUUUAAGCAAGAAGUGCCAGAAAUAUAUGAUAGAAUUAUAGAGGUAAAAAAUAUUGCGAGAGAUCCUGGAUCUAGAACAAAAAUAGCAGUAUACUCUUCUGAUCCAUCAAUUGAUCCAGUUGGUUCAUGUGUAGGUAUGAGAGGUGUAAGAGUUCAAGCAAUUAUAAAAGAGCUGAAAGGUGAGAAAAUUGAUAUUGUCAAAUGGAGUGAUGAUCCAGCUACAUUUGUAGUCAAUUCCUUAGGAUCAUCAAUUAGAGUUUCUAAAGUAAUCAUUGAUGAAGAACAGAAUAAGAUAGAGAUAAUUGUACCUGAGGAAGAUCAAAGUCAAGCUAUUGGUAGAAGAGGACAAAAUAUAAAAUUAAUAUCAGAAUUAGUAG